AUAUUGCCUGCUCGUUAGGAUUUUUUUAAGAAAUCGGAUGAUAUCCAAUUUGUAUGCCUAGAUAUGUAGAUGUUGUAGUUGUAUUCGUAUCUCAACAGUUUUAAAAGAAAAAAAAAAUCAAAGCAACAUAUGGGCACUAUUUUCCCUCGAUAAUUUAUCGACAGGCAUCUUCAAAGACAGACUUUACGGACCCGACGAGAGAGGACAGCAACAUGGCGGUCUCCUUGCGCCUGGGUCGUCAGGGAGCUCUGCUUGGGCUUAGAUUUACCCAAAUUAAAAAAUCUUUAUGGCCCUCACAUUAUUUUCAGGACCGAGUUAGACAUUUCUUUCAUUCACCAUGGGCGCUUGGUGUCGCUCCACUCAAAGUGCAGAUGCCAGCUCUCUCUCCCACCAUGGAGGAAGGGAACAUUGUGAAAUGGCUUAAAAAAGAAGGUGAGACGGUGGAAGCAGGUGAUGCUCUCUGUGAGAUCGAGACCGAUAAGGCUGUGGUUACCAUGGAGUCCAAUGACGAUGGGAUCCUGGCAAAGAUACUGAUGGAAGAGGGAAGUCGCAAUGUGCGCCUCGGCACUCUCAUUGCCCUAAUGGUGGAGGAAGGACAGGACUGGAAGCAGGUGGAGGUCCCCUCCCCAGAUGCUCCACCUCCCUCUGCAGGUCCCACAGUUACCCAUGAACCCACCGGCUCACCUGUGACCCCCGCAUCUCCUCCUCUAUCAGUAAAGCCCGCUCCUUCAGGACCGUUGCGUUUAAGUCCAGCUGCACGACACAUUCUCGACACCCAUGGUAUUGACCCAAAACUGGCCACGCCCACCGGACCGAGAGGACUCAUUACAAAAGAAGAUGCAUUGAAUCUUUUAAAGGGGUCCCCUCCAACCAAAGCAACUCCAGCUGUUGCCACGCCAACCGUCCCACCUCCUGUUCAGAGUCCCGCCCGCACCCCUACAGGUCCCCCUCCACCUCCUGGCAGCAGACCCAACGUCCCUCCUCUGUCUGUCCCAGGGAAACCAGGAGCACCGGGAACCUUCACAGAGGUCCCAGCCACAAACGUGCGGCGUGUGAUCGCCCAAAGACUGACCCAAUCAAAGACCACCAUCCCACACGCGUACGCGUCCAUAGACUGCGACAUGGCUGCAGUCUUGAAGCUCCGCAAAGACCUGGCCAAAGAGCAAAUCAAAGUAUCUGUCAAUGAUUUUAUUAUCAAAGCAGCUGCUGUUACAUUAAAACAAAUGCCAGAGGUGAAUGUGACUUGGUCUGGGGAUGGACCCCAUGCGCUGGAUUCAGUCCACAUCUCAAUCGCCGUGGCGACUGAGCGAGGCCUCAUCACUCCUAUCAUCAGGGAUGCAGCAAACAAAGGGGUGCAGGAGAUCUCGGCUCAGGCCAAGGUAUUGGCUCAAAAAGCUCGAGAUGGAAAACUUCUUCCUGAGGAAUACCAGGGAGGCUCGUUCAGCAUAUCUAACCUGGGGAUGUUCGGCAUCAGCGGCUUCAGUGCCGUCAUCAACCCCCCUCAGGCGUGCAUCCUGGCUGUGGGGACCUCCAGGGCCGAGCUGCAGCUGAAGGAAGACGAUCAGACCGUGCACACGCGGCAGCUCAUGACGGUCACCAUGUCCAGCGACGGGCGACUCGUGGACGACGAGUUAGCUUCUCGGUUUCUUGAUCAAUUCCGUGCCAAUCUAGAACAACCACAGCGCAUGGCCCUGGCUUAAAAAGAGACGAGAUAAAAUGUAAGAGCAGGAGUGUCCGUUCUUUCUUUAAGGCUUUAUAUAAGGUUGUGUACAUACUGUAAACUUAAGUUUCUCAUCGCAUAUUGUCCCUAAGUUUGGGAGUGGAUUUCUCCCAAACUUAAAGGGCUGUUGCAGCGGUCCCACAUACUACUAUGAAAGAUAAUGAUUUUCCAUGCUGUGAUCUACCCUACAGCUGUUGUACAUAAAGAAGGAAAUCCUCAAUUUUCCAGUCAGACUUCUUAAAACUUGUUUAACUUAACGUAAACAUGAAAUUGGUGAAAUUUCUUGGUGUAAAUUUGUGAGAUAUUUAUUAUUUAACAUAAGUGCAAGUAAAUCCUUGUAAAGCAGCUUUUAUUGUUGCUCAAUAAAAAAAAUAAACAAUAUUGAAUUUAUCCGGACUCGCGUAUCAAGAAAUGUCCUCUUCUGGUCCACAUGUGAACACCAGGUUUGGUUUUGGUGUCUUAAAUCUGCAAUAAAAGUCAUGUUCAACCAUCA